AUGGCGAAUCCGUCAUCAGGCGUUGUGGUGCCACGAAACUUUCGUCUUCUAGAAGAACUUGAACAAGGCCAAAAGGGAGUGGGCGAUGGAACAAUAUCUUGGGGCCUCGAAAGUGACGAUGAUAUGACGCUCACUCAUUGGACUGGCAUGAUUAUUGGCCCCCCUAGAACUCCUUAUGAAAAUAGAAUGUACUCUCUUAAAAUUGAAUGUGGCACCAGAUACCCAGAUGAACCUCCAACUGCUCGCUUUAUUUCUAGGAUCAACAUGAACUGUGUUAACAGUCAGACUGGACUUGUGGAUAACAGACAAGUUCCCAUUCUUGCAAGGUGGCAACGCGAUUACACUAUCAAGACAGUUCUGCAGGAACUGAGACGUCUUAUGACUCUCAAGGAAAAUAUGAAACUGUCACAGCCACCAGAGGGAAGCACUUUUUAG